AUGGAGAAAGACUCACCAAGUUGGACUGUUAUUCAAUUUAUUGAUGAUAGGUCUGUAGAGGCUGUCCCAUCAUGUUGGAUUCAAGGGGAUUAUUGUCACUGGCCAUCUUACUCAAAAGAAAAAUUGGUAUCAGCGAUUAGAAAGUGUGAACCGUUAAACACAUGCUGGUCAAUAUUUAAAGUAAAAUUAUUUAGAGGGGCCACUUUUGAUGAUUAUAUGAUUGCUAGAAACAAAGCAAAGGUGGCAGAAGACACCAGCGAUCUUAAUACUGCUGAUGAAAAUGAAAAUCCUAAAAGAAAACGGGUACAAAAAAUUUUAAGUAGUAGUGACUCUGAUCAGUCAUCAGAAAAUGACUGUGUCCUGCCCCUUCCUCCAAAAUUAAGCAAAACAAGGAACAAGCAAUCAAACUCUCAAUCAGCAGUUGAAAUCCCAAGAAAUAAAAAGAAAUUUCAAGAGUCACAAACACAUUUUGAGCAGAUAGAUUUAAAUGAAAAUGAUAUGUUUCAUGGGAACCCCAGUGUAAAUUUACACCAGUGCAGUAAUUGUGACAACAAAGACCUUAAAACCAUAAUUCAACAAAAUCAUGUAUUAAGAGGCAUGCUUACCGAUGUAUUACAGGAAGUAAAAUUACUAAGGGAGCAGAAGGAAAACCAGAAUAUAAACGAUCAGGAAAUAAAAAACAGCAUUUUUAAAUGUCCAGGAAUAACCUUUCCCAUUAAUACUGACGACGAGUUUGAAAUUUUAGAAAAUUACUUAUCUGUUGAAAGUGACUUCGAAAGUGCGGUGGUUGAGCUAAGUAAAAUAGGAGGGUCCUCUCCAUAUGACCUUAUUAAAAGGAUUAUGACAUUACUAGUUUCGAAUAACCAAACAUUGAAGUAUAGCUGGCUGGGACGAAAAGGAAAAAAAGCAUUUAACAAGAGCAAAAUUGCUGCUGCACUAAUAAAAUCAGUUCAAAAGUCAGGUAUAGGAAAAGACAAUAAAGAGGUGGAAGUUGCCAUACAGGCUUGGCUAAGGAGGGCUUCGGACAGAAGGCUUCUUCUUGCCAAGAAGUUUUGAAUGAUUUAGGCAGAAAUAAAUAUG